AUGUGGACAGCAGCAGGAGCGCAGAAACACACACGUAGAUUCCUUUGGAACCAAAUACGUAGAUUGCGUAUUUUCAGAGGAAACCGCUUAAAAAUAAUGGAGAAAGCAGAGGAAGCCGACCCUGACUUCAAUCCAUUUGAAAUGGCUUCUGCUUCUAUUACCAGUAGCCACUCACAGUUUGAAGAAUUUGCACCAUCUACAUCUACUUCUGGUAGAUCUUACGAUGUAUUUAUUAAUCAUCGCGGUGUUGAUGUCAAACACACACUAGCCACUACUCUUUAUAAAAUGCUCACCAAUGGCAUGGGACUGAGAGUUUUUCUGGACUCAGAAGAGCUUGAAUUGGGGGAUUCGUUGCCCAAAGAACUAAUAGAAGCAAUGAAGAGCGCUUCGCUUCAUAUUGCUAUAUUUUCAAAGAAUUAUGCACAAUCUCGUUGGUGUUUGGAUGAGCUGUCAUUUAUGUUCAGAACAGGCACUAAAAUUAUUCCCAUCUUCUAUUAUAUUGACAUCGGAGAUGUGAGAUAUGCAAAAGGAGUCUAUGCUAAAGCAUUUGACUUGCACGAAAAGAAAGGCAGAUACACGUCCGAAAAACUUCAGGAGUGGAAGGAUGCGCUCUUCAAUGUUUCACAUAAUAUUGCUCACAUAGUUAAUAGCAAAGAAGAUGAGGACAUGCUGCUGAAGAGUAUUACUUAUUCUGUAGUGAAAGAAGUUAAAAAGUUGCCAUUUGUGGUUGCAGAACAUCCUGUUGGUUUAGAUGAAAUUGUAAAAGACUUUGAAUUGACUAUAUCUGAAUCUAUUAGUAGUUAUGACAAUGUGCAAAUUGUGGGAAUAUGGGGCAUGGGUGGUUCUGGCAAGACUACUCUAGCCAAAAAAUUAUAUAAUGAUAGAUAUCCAUCUAUGGAGAAAUCUAGCCUUAUAUUAGAUGUGAGAGAUGCUGCUAACAACAAUUUGCUGCAUAAGAAGCAGAAAAAGCUAUUGAAAGACCUUGGUUUCAAGAGUGUAUCAGUUGACAAUAUAGAAGAGGGGAAGGCAAUUCUUGCAAGUAACUUGAGAUCUAUUCGGGCAUUAAUUGUUUUAGAUGAUGUUGAUCAUGUGGAUCAAUUGAAUGCUUUAUUGCCUGCUAAAGAUAGCCUAGGAUCUGAGAGUUUAAUUGGAUCUGGUACUUUUAUUAUCAUCACUACAAGGGAACUAGAAGUACUUAGAUCUUGGAACAUCUCCGCCAAAUAUAAAAUGAAACCACUGACUAAAUUUCAUGCCAAGGAGCUUUUUUGUUGGCACGCUUUCUUACAACCAUUUUCAAGGGAUGAAUUCAAGGACCUUGUUGAAAAAAUUUUAGAAACUUGUAAUGGGUUGCCGCUGUCUCUCAAAGUCCUUGGUGCGCAGUUGUAUGGAAAUUGGAGCAAAGAUCACUGGGAGACUCAAUUAGAGAAGAUCUCUAGGAUAGUACCAAUAGAUAUCAAGAAUAGGCUUAAAAUCAGUUAUGAUGCUCUAGAUAAUGAAGAGAAAGAGGCAUUCUUGGAUAUAGCAUGUUUCUUCAUUGGAGAAGAAAGCAAUUUGGCAAUUGAAGUAUGGAAUGGAUCAGGAUGGAGUGGAUUGUAUAAUUGGGAGAGGUUGAGAAAUAAAUGUCUUGUUGAAAUAGAUGAAAAUAAUUUUAUCAGAAUGCAUGACCACUUAAGAGAUUUGGCAAGAGAAAUUGCAAAUGAACAAUCUCCAUACCAUCUCUGGUUUCUGGAACAAACUAUUAAAGUUUAUAAUGAACAAAAUGAAAUAAGCAUGGGAGGAAUAAUGGCCGCAUUAGCUGGAGUAUUGAAUAAGUGUUUCUCAUUUAUUGUUAAUAAAGAAGACCAGAAUGAAAUAAGCAUGGGAGGAAUAAUGGCCGCAUUAGCUGGAGUAUUGAAUAAGUGUUUCUCAUUUAUUGUUAAUAACGAAGACCAGAAAAGGAUAGGCAUUCGAGGAAUAAUGGCUACCUCAUUACGAACAAAGUGGGACUUUUAUAAUAGUUUGCCAGCUGAAGACCUUGGUGAGUCAUCGCACACAGAACUCAUGGUGAACACAAGCAGUGGAAUUUGGACCCUGGCACCAUCUACACUUGGACUAAAAAUUAUUGUGGCUCAAGGUUGUAAUUUAAAUCAUGUAGUCAGUGAAGUAUCGAGAGAUUUGGUCUGGCUUCGCUGGUUUGAUAUUGGGCAGACAAAUCUUCAGUCACUAAUUCCAUUCAAAAAUUUGAGGGUUUUAGAACUCUAUGAAGAUUGGACGCGAACGAAUCAUCUCUUACGUGAGCUUUGGGUAGCUGAGGGCGAUGCUCCAAUGCGUUUAAGAGUUUUGGUUAUUUCUGGCUGCCUAGAAUUCCAAGGAUUUCCAAAGUCAAUAGGAUAUCUCAAGCAUUUGAAAAAAAUAGUCCUGGAUUCGACUGCUAUGAUGAUGAAUAUGGAGAGUCUUCCAGAAGAAUUAUGCCUUCUUCAGUCACUGGAGCACCUAGAUUUAAUCAUGUGUGGUGAGCUGUCAUCAUUACCUAACAGUAUGGGCAAUUUGAGAAAUCUGCGGCAUCUAAAUUUGAGGCUGUGCAGGAAAUUGGGGAGGUUGCCAGAUUCUUGUAAGGAGUUGAUGCUCCUACAGCAUCUGGAAUUAACGGGAUGUUCUAAUAUCACCUUUGGGGUGGACAUUAGGGAAAACAUGUCAAAUCUAGAAUUUUUGAGCUUCUCAAAAUGCGAUCAAAUAGAAGAGUUGCCUCAUCACAUCAUAAAUCAAGUGUCCUUGAAGAGUCUCUAUUUAGAGGAAAUGAAGAGGUUAAAGGAGGUACCAACGAAGAUUGGUCAACUAAGCAAGUUGCAAAAACUUGUCAUAGGAGGAAAUUCGUUGACAAGCUUGCCAGUCUCUCUUGGAGAUUUGUCUUCCUCGAGGGACCUUCACAUUGAAGGGUGUGGCAUGCUAGAAUGUUUACCAGAUUCUAUAGGGUGUCUUAAUCUCUUAGAGAGAUUAUAUAUAACAUACUCAGAAGUGAAAUCUUUACCACAAUCAUUAAACCAACUGAUUAAUCUUGAAACACUGUGGAUAUUUCAUUGCCCAGUCAACAAAUUAUAUCUUGGAGCGGGCUCAUCUAGGUAUUCGUUGUGGAAGCUUAAGCAGAUACAUCUUCGAGAUAGUGGAUUGACAAAGAUUUCCAUCUCAGAAGACUGUUGUCCCGGCCUUGAGACUCUCAUGCUUGAAGAUAAUGACCAUCUAACGGAGAUACAAGUCCUACCAAGUACAGUCAGAAAGCUGGAGAUAAUUGAAUGCCCCAAGUUGUCUGCGCUUCCCAGUUUUGAGAAAAUGCAUUCUCUGCGAGAAUUUGAACUGAGAGGUUGCUACCAAGUUAGGGAAAUUGAAGGUUUACAUCAUUGCAGAGAACUGGAGGUGUUGAAAGCAUAUACAUGGUGGGAAAUGCGGAGAAUACAAAGUGUGGAGCGCAUGGAGAGAUUGAAGACGCUGCAUAUCAGAGCAAUGAGGAAACCAGUUGUUCAAAGUUGCAUUCAAAGUAUUCAGAAAUGGCCUGGUGAAAUAAUAGUUUGUACGCCGGCAGUCCAAAAUGCUGCUUCACUGUUGCACUCCGCAUUUGCUGAUCUCUAUGUGGUUGACUCCUGCUCUAACAUGAAAAUUGGCCAGUGGCCUGAAUUGUUACGAAAGCAGCCCUGUUAUGGCAAUGCCAUUAUUGUAUGUUUUGUUAUUAAUUGUCUCAUUCCACGUUUGGCAUUAGCUAUACUGGAUGGAAAAUUGAAUUACACGUCUUAUAUGGAGGUGGAGGAGGGGAAAUGGGUAUGGUUAGGUGUCUUCACACAACGUUCUAAAUGGCAGGCAUCAAACUGCUACAAGAUACGGUUACUUGGUGAAGCCACAGUGGAGAAAGGAUUGUUUGUGAUGGGAGAAGAGCACAGAAUUGUGAAAGCUUUCUGUGACCUUUCGGCACAUUUAAGUCCAUAG